CCCUAGCCCCACCUUGCAGUUGGGUGUGUGCAACGAACUAAUUUGUUUUUCAGUUGUUUAUAGUUUGUAAAGCUAGUUUUUUUUUCAUAUUGUAAAUAAAGUGCCUUCGCAAUGCGCAAUUUGGGCAAACAGCAGUCGCAGGACACCACCGACACAAGCGUGGAGAAGGGCGACUACCCGCGUGCGACAAAUGGAGUCGUAUUUGGAGCAAUUGUCACCUUUGCCAGCUUCUUUGUAUUGAUGAUGUCCUUCUGCUCACCGUAUUGGAUCGAAUCGUAUGAGGAGACACGCAGCAGCUUCAAAAACAUGGGCCUCUGGCAAUACUGUUUCAAGAACUUUGUCUAUCCGAAUUACCAAUUCCCCAAGCAGUUCACAGGCUGCCAUUUGAUAUUCUCGCAUGAUUAUUAUGUGAUACGUGAAUAUCUGCUGCCUGGUUGGCUGAUGGCCGUGCAGGGCUUUGUAACAAUGUCGUUCAUCAUAGUCUUCACUGUACUGACGCUGCUCUCGCUCACCAUCACUCGCUUGCCCUUGAAGCCUGUGCUGCAGUACGAAUGGCUGCUCGUACGCUUGUCCUACAUAGGCACAGCCGUGUCCUCGCUGUUCAUGUUCUUGGCCGUUUGCAUCUUUGGCGGCUGUGCUUAUCGACGCGAUUGGCUGAUGUAUCCGAAAUUCAAUGUGCUUGGCUGGUCGUACGCCUUGGCCGUGGUCACCUUCAUGCUAUUGGGCCUGGCUGCUCUCAUUCUGCAGCGCGAGGCCCGUCAGGCCUACGAGGCACGCGGCGAGCAAAAGAAUCUGGUGAUGCAGAUGGAAAUGCAGGAGCCUGGCUAUCAGCCACCGCGUCAUCACCAUAGCCAAUCGCGCAGCCUGCAGGGCUACAUAUAGUUAUCAACCAUAUGCAGAAGCUUUGUAUUCAACUUAACGCAACUCGACUUCAAUUCAAUUCCAUUUACAACAAACAUUUCGAAACGCCGUCCAAGCAGAACGUUUUCUGCACACUGAAUCUCUUCUAUUUUUUUUUUUCUAAUAUAAACUAAGUGCCUUUUGGAAUUUGUAGUGCAAACUUGUAUAAUUAGUUAUAUCAGUCCAACAACCGUCCAUAUUUAGGUCUAUAUAUAUAAAUAUUAUAUAUACAUUGUAAAUCUGUCCAAUUCGUCUAUCAAAUCAGAUUCGAAGUCAUACAACUUGUGCAUUUAUCUCUAUUUACAUUGAUUGUAUCUAUAGAUCUGUGUCUCGAUUAUACAUAUAUUUACUGAUUAUCUUCAAUUUAAACAUAUCUA